GAGCAGGGUUGCAAGCAUACAAUUUGCGCAAACGCACGCGAGGCUCCACAGCAGUAGCGAGGUGGUGAUGAUGUGUUGAUGCUCCGUGUAUGCCGCAUGUCUUGCGUCGCAUAACGCACACACAGACGGCAGAGGGUUCGUGGCAGAAGGAAUUAUCUUUAUACAUUAUUUGGCAUUCAGUAAAGGCGACGAAUCCGAGGAAUUUGGGUUCGGCACACGCAAACGCGUACUGGUUCUGAGCACCACCAUACAUUUCUAUUAGCCUCUUCCAAAUUACUUGAAGUAAUCAUGGGAAAACAGAAUAGCAAACUGACCCCUGAGGUGAUGGAGGACCUCGUGAAGAACACAGAAUUUAAUGAACAUGAGCUCAAGCAGUGGUACAAGGGCUUCCUGAAAGACUGUCCCAGUGGUCGACUGAACCUGGAUGAGUUCCAGCAGCUCUACGUGAAGUUCUUCCCAUAUGGUGACGCAUCGAAAUUUGCACAGCAUGCAUUCAGGACCUUUGAUAAGAAUAGUGACGGUACCAUUGACUUCAGAGAGUUCAUCUGUGCCCUGUCCAUUACAUCACGAGGAAGCUUCGAGCAAAAGCUCAACUGGGCCUUCAACAUGUAUGACCUGGAUGGAGACGGCAAGAUCACUCGAGUAGAGAUGUUGGAGAUUAUAGAGGCGAUUUAUAAAAUGGUGGGUACGGUGAUCAUGAUGAAGAUGAAUGAAGAUGGUCUGACACCAGAGCAGAGAGUGGAUCGAAUCUUCAGCAAGAUGGAUAAAAACAACGACGACCAAAUCUCACUAGACGAGUUCAAAGAAGCGGCGAAGAGCGACCCGUCCAUCGUACUGCUGUUGCAAUGCGACAUGCAGAAGUGAAGGUGUGCAUGCUAGCAUGCGCCGGACUGAAUCCGUUAAUAUCCGUUUCCACUCAUUUCCACAAGAUUAACAUGUUUGGACUACUUUUAAAUGAACUUUCUUCUUGUGAUCGAAAAAACUAGUAUGCAUGAGAAUGUUAAAUGCUAAGAGUUUAGAGUAUAUACGUUUACUUUCCAACAUGCAACAAUGUGAGACGUGUAAAUCAAACAAGUCCGGGUGUUUUCACGCAUUCAUCGUCAGUGAAGUGAUCCGCCGUAUUUCAUUUCUAGUUGCAAUAUCGCCAGAUCACGCACACCUCGUUUGCUGCAGUACUUCACGCAGUAGUUUGGGAACCGAAAUCAAAAUGUCACACUAAAUGUAUCGAAAUGAAAAUCAGUCUGUUGAACUUCAAUAUUCAAAAUUAAGGAGGGUAGACGGGUUUAUGCGACCCUCCUUCCAAAUGUGCUUGUACUUGAGAAUAUAGAUGUUAUUUGCAUGCAUGUCCUAAGUGUAAAACUCUACUCUCUCUCUCUCUCUCUCUCUUCAUUUUGGCAACCUUGACAAAUAAUACAAGGGAGGCCUUAUAUAAAUGAUAGUAUCGAUAACAAUACUAAUGUGUGAGAUUUACAUUUGUUACUCAUCUACCCACUAGAUGUCCAUGCUUCUUCUCAAAAGACUUACAAUGUAUGUUGUAAAUGCUUUCUGUAAGGCUCAUGUUACUACCCCAACUCUCAUUAUUUGGCUUCUGUCAUUAGCUUUAGCUGGUUUCACUAUAUUUUGCACUGACACGAGGACGUAGCCAGUCUAACAAAUCCUUUUUUCUUAGGUUUACCAACGUAUUGCUGCUCUAACACCACAGCUAACAUAAAAAAAAAAACAUUUUCUAUUGUGAUAUUUUGUUUCUUUCACUUACGCAUUGUCGUCCUCAUGCAUGAAUGGUUGCUUGUUUUUUUGUUUUCAGCAAUCAUACAGAAAGGGCAAUAAAACAUGUUAAACGAUUUUCCCCGGAGGGCGUUCAAUAAAAGAAUCACUUCCCCCUAGUAUUACAAAAAAGCCGCCAAAUGUGUGCUGCAUUUUUAUUGACGUGAUUUUGUAAAAUGAUAUUUCUACUCAAGUUCCAAGCAUUUCAAAUCAUUUUUAACGCCACUGCAUCCCUCAAAAAGAAAUUGAAUAUUUGUUUUUAUUAUUUUGUCAUAUUUUCUGCUUACAUAAGAUUGAAAAACAUCCCCCAGAUUUAUUGCUCGCCACAUAAACGGCAACAAACUAAAUCCCUCCGGCAUGGAAUAGGCGCAUCUUUGUAAAAAGCAAACGGCCAAUAUAUAGAGUACAUCUUUGCCCUGUACAAAUGUUUACCUAAUAUGGUGAAGCCAAAUUUAAGCAGUCAUUUAACUGUGUAAUAUGAGGUUUGUGUAUUAUUUGUGGCAUGUCUUCAACUCGGUAUGUAACAGUUGCACUACAUUGUGAUUAAAAUCAAUAAACUAUCAAUGGGUUGU